GCCCGGGAGCAGACAAAGAUUGACAAGAGAGAGUGUGUGUGUGCCACCAGGUGCCUGUAUCUUGCGGUUGAUGACGAAGCUUCGGGGAUACCACGGGACAUGAACAGUCCUGGAUCACAUUGUCAGCGCCCCCUCGUCCUGGUCACCGUCUAGCUAACUACCUAGGACUUUAGGAGUAGGAGAGCACGCAAGCAAGCAGCAUGCAUGUCUGGCACGCCAUGCCAUGCUUUAAUUGACACACCCAUAACAUAACAUCAACCUGGAACUUCCCACCUCAACAGUACAUCUAUAACCACGCGCGCACUUAUUGAUCGGUAGAGACGUGAGCGAAAGAAAAUAAACCGGCCACUGGACGACAGUACGAUGAGAGCUCGGUCGACCGAGGGGCAGCUCAGGUUAUCAGUAUGCCUAAAUCGGUGCAAUCCGUCGCCUCCCACGUUUCGAGCAGCUUCGCCGACGACGACGACGACGAUGAGGACUACGAGAUAGACGAACAUCAAGCAGAGGCCAUUCGAAAUGCCUACCGAAACGCCUUUGCGAGCCAAACCCAAAACCACACCACCGCCACCGAACCGCGGGACAGCCCCAUCACCCGCCGCCUCGCAUCCCAACAACCCUCGGACAACGACCUUGCCGCACGCGGCCGUCCUCACCGAAGUCUGCAAUUUCCCGCCGACGAGAGCACAGGUCUUCUGUCCGCUUCACAAACCACGCAAUCACACCACAACUAUAGAACAACUGCCGGCACGCCUGCAACGCCCCGCUAUGGCUUCGCUCGAGCCCAAAGCCAUGUCAACUCUGUUCGUGGCAGUCGACGAGGCUCUUUUGCUCGAGGUCUGAUGAAAACGUUCAAUCCGAAUGGCACCUCUCCUGCAGACCACACCAGCCCUACGAGCUCCAGACUCCGCCAGAAGUUGUACUGGGAUGACCGAGUGUGGUAUGAUCAGUUCACCUCGACCGACUGGGUACACGACAGCAUCGCAGAUGCAUAUCGGGUGAAAGAGCUACGCAGUCGGAAAGAUUUCCGUGGAAGAGUAGGAGCUUUCUUCGAUGGCGCUCAAGGCUGGCUGUUGGUCUUCUUGAUAGGAUGUGUGACCGCUGGGUUCGCAUACUUGAUCGAUGUGACUGAAGCCACUAUAUAUGAUUACAAGUCGGGAUACUGUGCAACGCACUGGUGGUAUAGUAAGAGAAUGUGCUGUAAUGGUGCUUCCUCCUGCCGCGCCUGGCAAAGAUGGUCAGGCCUUGCUGGUACUGACGACGGGGAACAACGCGUGUGGGCUGAUUAUGGCGCUUUUGUCUGCUGGUGUGUCGGUCUUGCUGUAUUGGCGUGUGCGAUUACAUUACAGACCAAGACUACCGUCUCCAGUGCGAUUAGCUUGAGUACGCUGGAUGAGGACCUGGCGGCGGAUCAUCAUGAUCCUGCAAAAUGUGGAGCAGAGGGAGGGCUGAAGAGUGGCUAUGUCAGUCCAACACAGAGGUUUGAAGAGGCGGCGAGACGACCUCCUGUCACAUACUAUCCUGCUGCUGGGAGCGGUGUGGCGGAGGUCAGAGUCAUUCUUUCGGGAUUCGUGUUACACGGAUACUUGGGAGUGCGCACUCUUCUCUGCAAAACCGUUGCCCUGGUUCUCAGUGUGGGCUCUGGAAUGUCCGUUGGAAAGGAGGGCCCUUAUGUGCAUAUUGCUACAAGUAUUGGCAACAUCAUGACUCGCUUCUCCAGCAAGUAUCGCAACAAUGACGCCAAACGUCGAGAAAUUCUAUCGGCAUCUGCAGCAGCUGGUGUUGCUGUCGCGUUCGGAGCACCCAUCGGCGGAGUUCUAUUCAGUCUGGAAGAGGUCAGCUAUUACUUUCCACCAAAGACGCUUUUCCGUACCUUCUUCUGCUGCAUUGCCGCUGCUCUAUCACUGAAAGCACUCAAUCCAUAUGGCACAAACAAGAUUGUGCUCUUCGAAGUCAGAUACCUCUCAGAUUGGAACUUCUUCGAGAUCAUCAUCUUCGCGUGUCUGGGUGUGUUGGGUGGCGUGAUGGGAGCACUGUUCAUCAAGGCGUCGAGACUCUGGGCCAAGACGUUCCGGAAACUCUCUUUCGUGAAGAAGUAUCCUAUGCUUGAAGUCUUCAUUGUUGCACUGGUUACUGGUCUGGUUAGCUUCGACAACCGCUACCUGCGGCUGCCCGUGGCUGAGUUGCUCUACGAACUGGCUGCGCCCUGCAGUAGCUUCUCAAGCUCUGGCACGACUCUGUGUCCAACAAAGGAAGGGAUACCGUCAAUCAUAAAGUAUUUGCUGGUUGCGUUCGUCAUCAAGGCAAUUUUGACGACUGUGACCUUUGGCACCAAGGUACCUGCUGGUAUCUAUGUGCCCUCCAUGGUGGUUGGUGGCCUGCUCGGACGCAUCGUUGGGCAUACCGUUCAAUUUCUCGUCCUAAACUAUCCGGCUCUGGCCUCCUUUGCGGGUUGCGAGGAUAACGGCAACCCGGAAAGCUGCGUCGUUCCUGGUGUGUACGCACUAGUUGCAGCAGGAGCAACGAUGUGCGGUGUCACUCGACUAUCAGUGACACUCGCUGUCAUAUUGUUUGAGCUCACUGGCAGCCUGGAGCAUGUUCUGCCUUUCUCGCUGGGUGUGCUGAUAGCCAAAUGGACCGCUGACGCCCUCGAACCACUGAGCAUUUACGACUUACUAACAGACAUGAAUGCCUAUCCCUACCUGGAUCACAAAGUCCGCCCCAUCUUUAGCACGGACCUCGGCGACAUCACAUCAGAGCCAAUGCCAAACCGCUACAUCGACAUAUCCACCUCACCGUUCGUACCAGCAAAGCAGCUCCGCUCCAAGCUCGAGUACCUCCACAUGGCAGGCGAACUAGACGGAGGUCUCCCUAUCCUCAAAGAUGGCAUCCUAGCAGGCCUCAUUCCCGGUCCUGACCUUGAAUUUGCCCUCGACAGGAUUCCCGAUGAAGAAGAAGCCGUGUGCCGAAUGGAUGCGCACGACCAAGCUGUCCAUCACACCGAACACGCCCGGCCUUCCACUGCAGAUGAACACGAACACGACAUUUCUGAAGACGAAGAGGAGGCACAGUCAGCUCGUCUCCAUCACGAUACCGACGAUCCCACCGACUUGACACCUUACAUUGAUCCUUCCCCGGUGGCAUUGGAUAUCACCAGCCCCAUGGACCUGGUCUUUGAAUGCUUCGCCAAGUUGGGAUUGAGGUAUAUCUGUGUUUUGCAUGAGGGGAAGUAUGCGGGCAUGGUGCACAAGAAGGCGUUUGUGAGAUAUGUGAAACACGUGCAGGACGAUUAUCGAUACGGUAGGCUGGGAGAAGGACAUAUGUGAUGCGCAUAUGCCGCGAGAGAAGAUGCAAUUCCAAGGAGAUUUGGAGAUGGGACCCAGGAAGGCGCUGCAUCUGCUUACAUGUUGUGCGUUCGAGCGACAUCUCGCUGCCUGAAGAAAGAGAAGAAAGAGAAGAAAGAGAGCAAGACAGAAAAGGCGCGAGCUUUCUGGUAGUUGGUAGCAUUCUGCGACAGUACAUGUACCUUGGUGAACAGAAGACGCGAAUGGACACGUCCGACAGCACCGAGUUGGUAUUUACAUGUACAGUAAGGUAGUAGGUACUAGGUAGUACUUAUUAGGGGUAAUUGUGUCAAAUUGACAGGGACUGAUUAGGGCUAUCGGAUCG